AUGUCCUGCCCAAGUAUUAAAAUAACUCAAAAAAGAGUUAUUUUUUGCAUUGUUACAGCUACUCUAGUAGCUUAUUUCAUAUAUAUCAUGGUGGAAGUCCCCGAAUAUCGCGUUUUCGCGGGACUGGUUGGAGUAUUGUUUUUUUUUUUCUUUUUCUUCCUAAAAUGUAGUCUGUGGAGCUACCUGCCUUGCGAACGACGGCUGAUUCAGGAAAGAGUGAAUGCAGUGCUCGAGAAUCAAUAUCCCAAUGAGCAUGAUAUCAAGAGAAGAGUGAUAGAUGUUUAG